AACGGGAGGUACGGGAUCUGCUUGCCAUAUGGGGAGAUGAAUCAGUGCUAGCUGAACUCCGUAGCAGUAAACGAAAUGGCAAAAUAUUAGAAAAGGUCUCAAAGGCCAUGAAGGACAGAGGCCAUAACAGGGACGCACAGCAGUGCCACGUGAAAAUUAAAGAGCUAAGGCAAGCCUACCACAAAGCCAGAGAGGCAAACGGAAGGUCUGGGGCAGAGCUGCAAACAUGCCGCUUCUACGUGGAGCUGCAUGCGAUGCUAGGGGGUGCAGCCACCACUACCCCAACGGUGUGCUUUGACUCCAUCAAUGGAGAAACACACAACAGGGAAGCGGGUUCGGGGUAUGAGGAAGAUGAUGAUGAAGACAAUGAAGAUAGCUCACAGCAAGGAAGCGGAGAAACCAGUUUCCCCAACAGCCAGGAUAUGUUUAUCACCCUGGACCUGGAACCAGUAACCCCCGAACUCACCCAAGGCGUGCUCCCAGACCCUGAGGGCACACAAGGGACCUCUGCUGCAAAUGUUUCUCCUUCACAGAGGCUAGUGAAGAUUAGAAGGAGAAAACGGCGGACUCGGGAUGAUAUGUUCUCGGAGCUCCAGAUGUCCUCCCACGCUGACAGAGCACAGCAGAAUGCAUGGAGGCAGUCAAUGUCAGAGUGCAAAAAAGCACAAUAUGAACGAGAGGAGAGGUGGUGGGCUGAAUCGUGGGCUGAAGAGAGCAAGUGGCGGGCUGAAGAGGAUAGGUGGUGUCAGCUUGCAGACAGAAGGCAAGAGUCGAUGCUCCGGCUGCUGGAGCAUCAAACUGAUAUGCUCCAGCGUAUGGUUGUGCUGCAGGAAAGGCAGCAGAAGCAGAGACCACCACUACAGCCCCUGUGUAACCAACAGCCCUCCUCCUCAAGUCCCAUUGCCUCCUCACCCAGACGCCCAAGAACACGGUGCGAGGGCCUCGGCCUCCGGCCACCCAGUCACUCUAUCCCAGAUGAUUCCCCGAGCAUCGGAAGGCUGGCCUUCAAUAAGUGUUAAAGUUUUAAAGUUUUAA